GACGAAAUAUUGUAGAAAAUCUAGAAACAAUAAACAAAUUUGUUUGUUUUCGUAGAUACGAUGCUAAGGUAACAACUAUUAUUCGAAUUUGAAAUCCAAGAUAACUGCUGGUAAACAAGUUUAUUGAGUUAAUACGUAUUAAUUUUAAAAUAAAUUACAAUAAUUUUAACGUGUAUCAAUGAGUAGGUGAAGCAUCCCUUCCCCUGAAGAUUUACUUUACGUUCGCAACGUAAACAAGAUUCGUUUCCAUGGCAUUCGCAGUGUAGCGACCCAUACGAACGGUUUGUUACCCAGCCAACGUGAUUCGUGUUUCAUUCAGCAUCCUAAGCCCGCUUUAAAAGAUGAUAGCACUUAAGUUGUUGCCUAGACGCCUUGGGGUGGGAAGGACGCGUUCCUGACGGCAUUUUUUUUCGCUUUUUGUUUUUCCACCGAAAAAUUAAAUUUUCUUCGCGUGUACAUGUCGAUAAGUGCGUUCGGCUUUAUUAGUUAUAAGUUAUAAGUGUAUUAUUGCUUGGUGCUUUUUUGUUGUUUAAUUGUAUUUGAAGUAAAGAUGGAAAAAAUUAAGGUGGCAAUUUUUUACGUUACGUACUUUUUGUGUUUGGGCAGCGAAUUGCGGCGAUCGGAAGCGGUUUCGUGUGGCAAUUCAGCUUCGAAAACCGUGUCGCUAUCGCAGGACACGUUUGCAGCUGUCUGCAAAUUAAAAGUAUCUUCACCUGAAAACCAUGUGAUCAGCAUGCAAUUCGUCGAGUCCAGCAUUAAUCUACAUAGGACCUUGAUGUUUAACAAUUCAGAAAGACAUCCGCCGUGUACCAUGAGCAUUGUAAGAGAUCCAUGUUCUCAAGAUAGUCUACCGGAUGUAGAUUUACUGACAUCGGAAUUCGAAGUGGUAUGGGCGCCUCCACCGAAUCCAAAUCACACCAAAGGCAGAAAAUUCAUAGUGACCGCCAUUGGAAAAGGCAAAAUUUGCAAGGAGCCCAAUAUGCACACCUGCAUGCGAAUAGGUCGCCAACCAAUUUUCUGCAUAUCAGAAAAGCUGGUUUGCGAUGGUAUCCAACACUGCCCGAAAAGCUCCAGCAAAAGCGACGAAGACGAGGAAAUAUGCAGUGGAAACUUGCCGAACGCAGCCUCAUGGGAGCAGUUGGCCCAAGAAUUCGCCGUUAAAAUCUUGAAGAAAAUAAAACCUCCGCAAGAAGAAAUGGUGUCCAAGCACAGCUGGUCCAAACCCAAAUACGAGUUUGCUUCGAGAGAAACCAAGAAGAGUUCUGGGCAUUGGCCCGAGUGGCAGUUGAGGAAGAAAGAAACUACGACUCAGAAACCAACAACCACCAUGGACAAACCAAAAGCCACAGAAACCAUAUCGGCAAUCCUCUCGAAAUACGGACCUUGGGGCUAUCUAAUGAUGGGCCUACUAAUCUGCGGUACAGUCCUGAUGUUCUGUGGCCUGUGGGAGUGCUGUUUCAGAAAGCCCAAAAACCAAUUGGACGACACCAAUACCACUCAACCGACCACCGUGCUCAUAAUAAAUCAAGGUGAAGAUGGCCAAAUUAUCCCGCCACCUAACUACGAUGACCUGGAUGAACCUCCAUCCUACAACACUCUAUUUCCUAACCUCAAAACCAAUACGACGAUUCAAGAACCAAACGUCAGCGGUUCUUCGAGCUUCUACUCCGCACGAGCCAUCAUGGGGGACUUGUCGAGGAGAAACUCCAAUCAAGAAAUCCACGUGGUGCAAAUCAACAGGCAAAAUGACUCCAUGGAGAACUCGAAUCUGGGAGAUGGUAGUUUUGUAAGCGCCUUAGAAAGCCACAGUCUAGAGAACAAUACGUCCCCUUUGACUUGGUCUGUUAAGUAUAAAAACCUCAACAUAAUUGAAUAUCUGAUAUCUAAAGGAGCAGAUGCAAAAAUUAAAACAGACAAUGGUGACAACAUCCUUAUGAUCGCCUUGGAGAACAAAAAUUGGGAAGAAGACGACUUCAUAAAACUUAACAAUAUCAUAAAAACAUCCACAAAUGUUGACGUGAACUACACAAGCAAAAAUGGACAUAAUUUGCUACACAUUGCAGUGAGAAGGGACUGGGAAGAUUACAUAAAACUCUUAAUAAAAGAAAAUGUGAAUGUGAAUAUAGCAAAUUCAAAUGGCGUAACACCGCUCAUGUUGGCAUGUUACAAAAACAAUAUUAAGGUGGUGACAAUAUUGUUGAAUUCGGGGGCUGAAAUUCUCAAAGAAGACAACCACAAUAGAAUGGCAUUAUGUUAUGCCAUUUCGUCCGAAGUUAAGAAUAGUAAACCGCCAUUUAUACUUGUAGAAAAAGUUUUGAAAGAGUUGCAAAAAUAUAUGCCCAUUCAAGAAUACAUUAAAAAAGUCAUUGAAGUUAUAAUAUCUAUAUCAGAAAAACCUGAAUUUUCGUACGCCAUGUCGGAAAUGAUGGUGACAAUUAUGCAAUAUAUAGUUCAACAUGUACAAUUUGGAGCCAAUAUUCUUAUGGACUUUAACAUAUUUUACCAAAUAAAUAAAAUAAUAUCAAAGCAUAUGAGGAACCAAGAACUACUGAAAUUUUUACUGACAAUUACUUUUGAAAUACUAUUUUCCAAAAAAGAUCAAAUUAUUUACCAAAGUUUUACACAGUCGGGUCUCCCAAAUAUAUUUCUGGAAAUACUAAAAAAUGAUAAUGAUCAUUGCAAUAACCAUUUAGCUUUCUACAGUUUGGUUCUACUGUCUACAAGCAACGAAAUUGGUGGUAUGUGGUUGAACGAAAAUUUUGACACAUUUUUCCCUUACUGUGAGAAAUAUUCGACCGAAAACUCAAAAGACAUCCUUGAUGACCAUAGGCUAACAAUUGUGAAAGCAAAACUAAAAAACCUCAAAACUUAUACUCGCCCUCAAGAAGACUUAUUUUCGAUCCAUGAAGAUGGUACCGAAUCAAACCAAAAUAGCCACACUUUGAACAUUUCAAGUAAAAAGACAAAACGCCGCAAAAAGGCUAUGAAGGCCAAGAUAACGAAAAUAAAAAGUGCAGAGUUGUUAGAGAGGUUGCAUUUAAGUGGGAAAAAAUUGCCCGAACCCCAGGUUUACGAGGAAGAUGAAACAAGUUUGCAAGAGUCGAUUGAUCAUGUUUUGAACUUCAAUUAUGGUACAUUAUGUAAAGAGUUUUUAACAUUAAACACAGACAAUUAUGGUUACAUGGAUUCGUAUGGACAAGGCGAAAACAUUCACUUCAUCAAACAAGAGGAAAACCCAAUAGUGUACUCGGUCCUUCAAUUUCUCCAAACAGAUACCAACUUUCAAUUGCCUGGCAAAGAAACGUACCCUCAAUGGGCCAAUACUCUGUACAACUUGCCUUUCGAUAGUCCACCAUUUUUGCAAAAUUUACUUGCCAUCAAUAAGGAGAAGUUAUUGGAUGCAAACAAGAAGUUGAAGAAGGGCAGCCUUGAUAAUAUGUUGGAUGAUGAGGUUAUUAAUUCUGUGGAUGUUGUGGUUGAGUAUUUAUCUGAGUUGUUGCAAGUAAUAAUAUUGAAAUAUCAGAAUAAUUGGGAUAAUGACAAAACCUUGAACACUUGUGCACAUUACACAGAUGUAGAUGAUAGAGGAGAUCAAAAACCAUUACCAAACUAUCUGGCCUACCUUCAAAAAUUGGAACAUCUCGAAAAGGAAACUUUGGAAGAUCUACAAAAUAAAUUUAGCCAACUCAUAGUAACCAUCAAAGAUUUAGUAGGUAAAGAUGUCGGAGAAUGCUACAAAAGCCUUUGCACUUUGGAGGAAAGCCUUUUGAAGUUUAAAAUUAGAGGAAGAACCCUUUUAUUCGACUUGUGUUCAUCGGAAAACGUGAAAAUACGAUAUAGCUACGAAAAUUCUUACCCUCAGGAAGAAAAUGGAGUAUUUCUCAUAAACUACAUUGAAGAUGUGUUGAACGAUAGACAAAUAUGCAGUUCCAACAAAAACAUCACUAUUAAAAUUUGCGACGAGUCUCUCCAUAACUUCUCAUUCAAAGAGUUCAAACCCGACUCUUCAAACGAUUUGUAUUUUAACGACAUGUCCAAAAUGCGCGAAAAAGUCGAAUCCAGCAAAUCCUUGCAGUGUCAAAGCAAAGAAAACACUUUAAGGGAUGCGUACCACCUUUAUCACUCUAUGGCAUCAGUGUGCGAUUCUGAGGAUGAAAGAGAAGAUUACAAGAACUUAGCUGCAAGAGCUUUUCUAUCGAAAUGCAAGAGGGAAAUGAAGUUGGCUGAAGAAUUCGAAAAGGGAAAUAUUAGAAAAGACCCAAUUGUCCACGGAAAUCUAAAGCCUUCCAAUAUUUUUGUGGAUUUGAAUGGAGUAGUCAAAGUGGCCGAGUUCGGCACACAUAAGGCUUUAUAUAAAACUGUGGAGGCUUCAAAGAGCUCAUUGAUAUGGUUUUCGCAAGAAACAUACCAAGGUUAUAAGCAAAGUUCCACUGUGGAUUGCACAUGCGCAUCAGAUAUACAAGUUUCAGGCAUGCUGAUUUACUUUAUAUUAUCUUGCGGAGUACACCCUUACGGCUCAGACGUGAUGAUAAUUUUAAAAAAUCUAGAAAAAGCGAUUUUAAACCUACCUCAAUCAAUAGACGUUCUAUUGGUUGACAUAGUUACUUGGAUGAUGAUGUACGACCCGAACGAAAGACCCACCAUUGAACAAGUUUUAUCGUAA